GACAUCAGCAGCAGCAGCACGCACUCCAUCGUGAGGCCCAAUUCCGACGCCCGCGUCCCCUGACAACCCGCUCCUUUCCUAGCUCGGCCUCCCGUCCUCUCACAGCAGCGCCUCACACCAUGUCGCUGUCCUGCAGGUACGCGGCCCAAUGCUGCGCCCGGCAGCUCCGCGCAAGCAGUGCUGUCCCGAUUCGCGCCUCGAGCUCCCUCCUCCAGCGGCAGCGGCGAUACAACUCGACCGAGGCCGCCGCCAACCCCAAGAUCAGCGCCAUCGUCGACCAGAUUAGCCAAUUGACGCUACUGGAGACAGCAGACCUCGUUGCGAGCUUGAAGUCACGCCUUAACAUCCCGGAUCUCCCCGUCGGCGGGUUUGCUGCCGCCCCUGCAGCCGCCGCCCCUGCAGCGGCACCUGCCGAGGAAGAGGAGGCUCCCGCCGCGGCGGCCGAGAAGACGCUCUUCACCGUGAAGUUGCAGUCGUUUGACGCGGCUGCCAAGCCUAAGGUCAUCAAGGAGGUCAAGAACUUGCUCGGCCUCAGCUUAGUAGACUCCAAGAAGUUCGUCGAGAGCGCGCCCAAGACGAUGAAGGAAUCGGUACCGAAGGAGGAGGCGGAGAAGAUCGUGGCGACGUUGAAGGAGCUGGGUGCGGUGGCGGUGUUGGAGUAGACGAGCAAUUGAAGAGGUGUCUGCGCUAUCAGUGAGCCUGCCAUAUAGCUCAUGGUCCGAGGACGGCGGAAGGCCGGAUCAGGACCAGGCCGAUCCGGUCUCGCAAUCGGCAUGUUACGACUAAAACCAGACUGCAGCUUUCACGCCGCAUGUACAAAACACAAUGUAACACUAUAAACUCGAGAUGUACAAGCCA